GGCCAGCUCAGCAGGCUUCUUCCGCUCCGCCGCGACGAGCGCCCGUAGCAGCGGAGAGGCCGCGCCGCGCCCCGCGAAUAGCAGGGCCCCACCCGGGAGCGCGGAGACGGCUGCGAAGAGGAACGGGAAGAAGCCGGAGAAGCGCCGCCGCCAUGCUGAGCGUGUUCCGCUCCAUCCCCACGCAGAUGGACUACAAGGGCCAAAAAUUAGCAGAACAGAUUUUUCAAGGAAUCAUUCUUGUCUCUGCAGUAAUUGGUUUCAUCUAUGGAUACAUCACUGAACAGUUUGGAUGGACUGUCUACAUAGUUAUGGCUGGAUUUGCUUUAUCAUGUUUGCUGACGCUCCCUCCGUGGCCCAUGUACCGCCGCAAUCCCCUCAAGUGGCUGCCUGUCCAGGAGUCGGGCACUGAAGAGAAGAAGGCAGCAGACAGGAAGCCAAAGAGACAUUCUAAAAGCUAAAAAUUAUGGUUUCCAGGCUGUUACUUUGUUAAGUUUUGUUAAAUUAAUUUCCACUGAGAAAUACUUCUUGGCUUAGUGUUUGGGUUUUUUCUUAGUACUUUGUAUCCAUCCAUGAGUACAACCCAGCUCUGCAGAGAGCAUGAAGGCUGAAAAUUGGGUCUGGAGGUUCAGGGGAGUCACUGGGAACACAGGGAUGGGGGGAUUAACUUCAGAAGGCUACUGGAGGUCACAACUUGAGUCUUUCACUAAAAAGGAACACAGUGAAUCAAAUGAACUUUAGUUAAGCUGUUGCCAUAGCCUAAAAGAUUAAUAAACAGCUGAACUUCUAUUGGAAUGUUUUCUAACUGUGUGUAAAGCAAGUUGUCAGUAGUGCCAGGUUGUAACAAAUACUGUGAAAUGGUACAUACCCCACAGUUCUGAAAAUAACUCUUCUUGGAUAGGGGAGUGCAGAGGGCCAGUUUUUGUUUAAAAUAAAUUUCCUUGGAAGAACAAGUAAGAAUAGCUUUUGAAACACUGUAACUUGAGCAUGUAGUGUGUGAGAGGCCGCAGGAUCCAUAGGUACUGUGUUUUAUUUUACUACUGUCAUGUCAGUAAGCUCCCUCACAGCUGCUGGAGGUUACAGUAUUUCAGCUACAGGCAGGAAAAGAGACAGGUUUAUAAUUUUAUUUUACAAAUUCAAUUCCAUUUGAGUUCUUUAUUAUUUAAAAAACAUGUGCUUUUCCUGUAGGUAUGGUAUGCAAUAAUGCCUGGGGGCUGUAGCGAGACACUCUGUAUUCAAAUAAAGAGAAAUAAGUGUUUUAUCUUUUCCCUAAGA